CACCCAUCUUUUUUGAUUCCUUCUGUCGCCAGUCUAAGCAGUCUUAGCCCACGCCCAACUCGAUACCCUCGACGGCGCAAAGCCACCAAGGUUGUGUCCAGCGAGGCCAGGUCGUCAGACUCUCCUCGCAGGGAGCGAUGCAAUUCUGCUGAACCGUUCGACGCCGCUUCCGCACCUCGAGCACACACACCGCCCCGUCGAAUCAAGGACGCAAGAUGCCCAAGAUAAAAAGCUACACGCCUGCCUGGCUGCUGCCGCCUUCGCCCGGCCAUGAUCUCUUCUCCCCCGACCAGGCCGACGCCCACAAUGGCUUUCCCCACGCCUUCAAAACCACCCCGCAGUCGGGUCCUCGCCGCACCAUCGCCCGCCGUGGAACCGAAGUCUUCAUCGCUGUCGGCAAGGAGAUUAGGUGGGUCGACCUUGUAUACAUAAAGGAGCGCUGGGAAGAGAAGGCGGCCGAACGUCGCGGCAGCGUCCGCGUCAAGCGGGAGGGCUCCGUAGCCUCUGAGGAAGAGCUGGAGAGAGCGUCUAUAGAGGACGGUUGUGCGGAAGGCUUCCGUACGAUUAAAACCUCUGUCGGCAGUGACAUUCAGCAGCUCGUCAUAUCGCCUUAUGCUAAUUUCAUGGCGGUCGUGACCACCCAUACGAUUCGCGUCCUCCUCUUGCCCGACUCGUCCCAUCUCACCGCGCCCUGCCUCGAUGCCAUCAAGCCGAAAUCCUGGACCUUGGGCCCGACAACCCAUGUCAUGGACCGCUCGCCCAUCGCCUCGGCCCUAUGGCACCCGCUCGGGGUAAAUGGCUCCGCACUGGUUACGGUUACGAAAGAUGCCGUCGUAAGGGUCUGGGAGCUUUCCCAGAAGGAUCGCUGGUCGUUCGACACCCCUUCUCUCACCAUAGAUUUACAGAAGCUCGCCGAUGGAACGUCCCUAGACCAGAACUUCGCCGCCGCCUCUGACGUUACGAACAAGGGCUUCUCUCCUGAUUCUUUUGAGAUGGAUGUUGCGUCAGCAUGCUUCGCUGGCAGAGGCUCCGGAGGUUGGUCCCCGAUGACGCUUUGGAUUGCUAUGCGAGAGGGGGAUGUGUACGCCUUGUGUCCCUUGCUACCCACCCAGUGGGCCCCGCCCCCGACGCUCAUUCCCUCCCUUUCCAUCUCGAUCGUCGGAAAUCUGGCGGCUAUCGAAGACGAUCCGAACGUCUCCGAUCAGGUGAAGCUUCUGGCACAGCAACAGCUAGACUGGAUGUCGGAUCUUGACAAUCAGGAACCCAGAGUUAUCGACGGCCCUCCCGGAGAACCGCCGACGGAGAUAUUCACGCGCCCUACGAGACCUGGCGUGGUCCCCCGAUUACAGGGACCUUUUGACCUAGAGAUGAGUCCGGAGAGCGAGGACGACCUCGACUCCGAGCUUACGGACAUCUUCGCCAUCGGGCAGAAGCUCGACGCCGACGAGUUGAUGAUGGGUGAAGAGGACGAGCUUGAUAUGGAAGACAUCGAAGGAGAGGGCCUCUCUCUUUCUAUAAUCUGCCUGCUCUCGUCGAGUGGUCAGCUACGAGUGUGCCUGGACCUGGACGGUGUUCAGGCCCAGUGGCUUCCUCCGCGAAACAAGUCCAAGGCUAUGGGGCGCCUGAACGAGUCGCCAUCCUUACUGACCUUCCAGAGCAUGGAUACGUUGAACUCUAUAGAAGCCACCGAGCACGGUUGGCCCAUGUUCAGUCCCGACGUUACCUCACGAUACUCAUUCUACAUCACGCAUUCCUCCAGCAUCACGUAUAUUUCCCUAUCGCCCUGGGUCUUCCGCCUGGAGAGCGAGUUGCAGGGUGAUUUGCAGGCUGGGUCCGACUUUAGAAUCGACCUGCUCGUCAACGGACAGACCUCGACGAGGGAACGUCUUUACACCAGUCCGACCCAGAGUGAUACGCAUCUCCCUCUCGCAGCGUCAGUCGCGAUACGCGAUCCUGACCUAGGCUAUUUCCUGUUGUCGGCAACUUUCUUUGAGCCGAUAGCCUUGCUCUUCGACACGCCGGACGAUGUUCUGUCCCCUCUCCGAUCCGCCUCGCCCACCUUCGAGGAGGCGGAGGUGAAGCCCCUAGACUUCUACGAGCCGCGCCCCGUCUUCCAACCUUCGCACGCUUUCGACGGGAGCUCGGCACUGCCAAACCUGCUCAACAACCUCCGCACUAGCCGUCACAAGACGAUAGUCAACCAGGAAGUUCGACUUUCGCCCCUCACCUUGCAGCUAUUCACCGAGGCGCACAAGAUCCUCAGCGAUGAGACGUAUGGCCUCGGCGUGGCGGCUGCUGAGGUCUUCCGACGAUGUAUCAAGCUGCAAGAGGAACUCAAGCAGCAGAUCACUAAGGCCAACGAGGUCAAGGCCAGAGUCGAGGCUAUAACCGGGGAGGACCAGGAAGAUGGUGGCGAGCCCGAAUCGAGCAAUGCUGCUAUAGAAAGACGGCUGCGGAGCGUGCGGGACAAGGGUGAGGUUCUCAGCCAACGCUUGGAGAAGAUGCGAAGGCUAGUCGGCAAGGCAACUAGCCGUGAGCUGAGUGACAAGGAGAAGGCCUGGGUUAACGAAGUCCACGCCCUAGAUGUCAAUCUUUUCGAGCCCGCCGCGGCUACGGACGGGUCGAACCGGCUCAAGCAGACCCGGCGGCGGUACGAAGAGGUGAUGCGGCUCAGAGACGAACUCGUGGAGGAAGUGGAGCAGCUGGAUGCGACGGCAGGCGACGGAGAAGAAAGCCUGGGAAGCUCGACGAGCGACUUGCGUAUACCGUCGGAACUCCGGAGAGCGAAGAUUAACCAGGUCAGGGGCCUUCUCGAACGUGAGACAGCUCUGGUGGACGCAGUGAGGGCACGACUCGAGCGCCUGUCAGCUGCCGGGUAGGCUAGAGUGCGACAAAUAGGUGUGGCGCUAGACAUGCAGCUCAUCGAGGGAUGAACCCCGUCGGAGAAUGUAGGUAUAACUGUAAUACUACUUGUCUAAUGCGCCAUCCAGCUUAUAGAAACGGG